AGUGCCAUGCCAUGCCAUGCCAAGCGUCUCCCUAGAGCCAUGGCAGAUAAUUCAGUGGUGCAUCUCGAGUAGCCCCUGCUGCUGCUCGGGCCCAGUUGAUACCGAGCUGAAGAACAGCGCGUCUCCUCGUCGCAUUCGUGCUGCUGCUCGUCGCACACACAGCAUCCUAGCACUCUUCGUAUUGCUUAUUCUAGUUGUACCGUCAAACGAGAAGCACUGGCUUUCUGCUUAUGAACCACCCCAGUCAGUUAGUGAGCGCUUUCUGCUUAUGAACCACCCCAGUCAGUUAGUGAGCAAUCUUACUUCUUAGAGCAGUAGAUAGUUCCCAUGGCGAGCUUCGGGACUCCCGAGGCUUUCGAGGCCAUGCGCGCGGUUCUAGGCGCCGAACCGUCCGAGACGUCUCUAUUCCGAGCCCUUUACCUCGCGCGAGGCGACGUUGCCAAGGCUAUUAACUACCAUUUAGACCUAGUAUAUGUUGAAAAGAUCACGGUCGAGCAGUUAGCUUCAUCGCGACACCCGCUUCCUCUCCCUCCCCCUCUCCCUCCCCAACCCUCUCCCCCUCCCCCUCCGCGGGAGCAGCGCGAACCAGCGUUGGCGCUUCCGCCACCCGCUUCGCCGCCCACUCCUCCGCACCCCGCUUCCGCGAACACUCCGUCCCCCUCCCCUAGUCCCGCUUCUGUCGCCGCUGCUUCCGUUGAUAGACAAGCGAUCGGAGCGGAGAAUGUGUCGGAAGAGGCGGAAGAGGCGGAAGCGGCAGAAGGGGGAGCCACAAUAGGGGAAACCGCAAUGUCGGGAGCGCGCUUAACCACCGAUCCCGCGCAGUGCGGAGGGGCACACGUCGCGCCGUUCGCCGGCGGAGACUCCGCAACACGUUCCCCUUGCGUUGCGCCAAACGACGGCGCAGGAUCACCCGCGGCUUCCCCAGUACCAGCCGCAGAGCCAAGCAUUUCCCCAGACAGCAUCCGUGAGCCCGUGCGUCCUGAUGCGGAACGUCAAUUCGAGCGGAGCGGAGUGAUCGGCGGAGCCCCCGCGGUGGGCUCGCCUUGCGCUUCCGCUUUCCCCCACGGCGCGCCAAACUAUGGUGCAGUGUCGCCGUCAGUACAGCCGGCAGUCUCGCCGUCAGUACUGCCUGCAGUUUCGCCGGCAGCGUCAAGCAUUCCUCCGGACUGCAAGGACGAGCCCGUUUCCACCGUGCUACCUCUAUCUACUAUGCCGCCCGUAUCCACGGUAAAACCCGAAUCUGCAGUACCGCCGGUUGUUACUGUUCCGCCCGUAUCUAUGGUACAACCUGCACCAGUCCCAUCGGUGUCUACAGUACCACCUUCACCAGUUCCACCCGUAUCUUCAGUCCCAGAGCAACAUCCAGUCCCCACCGACCCCCCCCCGCAUCCGAAGCUAACGAGGCAGCUGAGGGAGGAGAAGGCGGAAGCGUCGCGCUGGUGGCUCCUGGGAGAGUGCCACGUGUCAUGCCACUCGCUGACACGUGGUGCAAAGCUGGAAGAGUUCGACCUCGUGGAUUUUAUCUUUCCGAAAGGCGAGGGGGGCGGAAGCGCGGGCGCAAAAGGGGGCGUGAUGGAGGGCAAGAAGGCGCGCGGACGGCCCAAGGGUUCAGGCAAGGGGAAGUGGAGCAAGUUUACCCGAGAGGCGCCUUCCGGGGGGAGCUCCAUCGUGCGCUUUGGGACGGCCAGAGGGGGGGAGAUCGGCUCUCUCCCGCGCGAGUGGGCGGCGGCGCUGAUCCCGCUGGUGGCGGAGGAGAAGGUGAAGAUCCGCGGAUACGUGCGCGAUGCCCCGCCGUACCUCGAGAUUCUCUCCGCCAUCGUUCUCAACGUCAGGGUGUAUGUGCAGCAGCGCUGCUUUCAGAAGCUGAACCGGGUCAAGGAGCGGGCAGUGGAUGCCUUGUAUGUCAGCACGCACGGCCGCCACUUCACCAUGCUGCUGCACUGCUUGGGGCUCCAGCCGUCACGCCAGGCCGAGUUCACCCCAGCUGACUUCAACCACCACACGGAGAAGCUAGGCUUUUCUGACCGGCAGGCGGCUUCAGUGAGAGUGCGAGCGGUGGGGGCAACGGCGUCAGCAGCAGGAGGAGGCGGAGGAGGAGGGGGGGGUGACAGCAAGGAGGGGGGAGAGGGAGAGGGCAAGGCGAUUACGGAUGAGGAGGUGAAUCGGUAUGUGGGCGUCAGCAACAACCAAGUGCUGCCGGAGAUGGAGCCUCCCCCGGGUGUGACCUCCCAGCUGCGGUGCUAUCAGAAGCAGGCGCUGCACUGGAUGCUGUCGAUGGAAGCCACCGGGCAGGCUGUCUCUGCCCCCGUUCCCGCCACCGGCCAGUUGGUCAGCGGAUCAGGCGAUGCUGCUGGUGCUGCUGGUGCUGCUGGUGCUGCUGGUGCUGCUGGUGCUGCUGGUGCUGCUGGUGCUGCUGGUAGCGGUGGUGGUGGUAGGAGUGUGAGCGCACGGGACGAUUCGGAGACACUCCACCCGUGCUGGGAGGAGUACAUGCUGCAGCACAAUGGCGGCACUCCAUUCUAUCACAACGUUUUCUCAGGGGAAGUUACCCUGGAGUUUCCAAGUGCAAUGGAAAGAAGCAGAGGAGGGAUCCUAGCAGACGCCAUGGGCCUGGGCAAGACCGUGAUGACCAUUGCCCUCAUUGCUGCCAGCAUGGCAUGCAGGGAGGGGUCAAAGGAGCGGGGCAAGGACGGGGGCAGGGACAGGGGCAGGGAGGGGGGCAGGGUGGGAGAACAAGUGAGGGAUGAGAAACAAGGCUGGGACGGAAAUGGAGGCUGCAUUGCCAACGGGGAUGAGGAUGUGAAGGAGGAAGAGAAAGGUGUGAAGCGGAAGAGUGGGGAGUGCAGUGCGGUGCUGGGAGCAGUGGAAGGGGGUCGAGUGGUUUCGAGGAGAAAGAAGCGAGUUAAGAGGGAGGCGGUGGAGGGGGGGAUUGGGGAGGCGGGAGAUGAAAGGGAGGUCGGUGAAGGAGAGGAGGAUAUAGUGGUGGUGGAAGAUAGCGAUGAGGAGUAUUUACCUGAGGCGAAGGGUGGUGUGCAUGGUGACAGUGACAAUAGCGACGGCCAAGUGCUUCCACAGCGACGUUUACUUUAUUGUGCCCCUGGUGAUUGUGACAGUAGCGAGGGCAAGCAAGGGCGGGGAAGGGGGGGAGGUGGUCAGAAGAGGGGGGCGGAGGGGAGGGGGCGAGAGGGUGCGGAGCGGAGUGGGAGUGACAGUGGGAGUGGCGGUGGCAGGAAGCGGAGGGACAGGAGGGUGCGCGGCGGCACGCUGAUAGUGUGCCCCAUGACGCUGCUGAGCCAGUGGAAGGCUGAGUGCGAGGCGCACACGGCGCCCGGGCUGCUGUCCGUGCUGCUGUACUAUGGGUCGGGGCGGGACUCAGAGGCUCGCUUCCUGGCACAGCACGAUGUGGUCAUCACCACCUAUGGCACGCUUCACGCCGAAUUCAAGCGGUUCAACAGGAAUGCCUCAGAAGAGAGCCUAGCAGCCCAGGAGGCUGCACUGCCCAACACCCUCCUCACCUCGUGCACGCCGCUCACCCGCUCCCAGCCAUCCCCGUCCUCUGCAUUGACCCAAGUACCAGCGCAGCCUCGCCCCUUCCUCGGCCCGCUGCACGGUGUGCAGUGGUGCAGAGUGGUGCUGGACGAAGCCCACUGCAUCAAGAAUCGCGGCUCCGGUGCUGCUGCUGCCACCUUUGCGCUCCAGGCGGAUGCCCGAUGGUGCCUCACUGGCACGCCCAUCCAGAAUCAGCUGGAGGACGUGUACAGCCUCCUGCGCUUCCUACGAGUGCAACCGUGGGACAACUGGGGGUGGUGGCAGCGGCUGGUGCAGCAGCCGUACGAGCGAGGAGACAUGCGCAGCAUCCGCCUGCUGCAGGGGCUGCUCCGACCGCUCAUGCUGCGCCGAACCAAGGACUCCAAAGACAGGCUAGGGCGGCCCAUCCUUGUCCUGCCGCCCAUAUCUUGCCGCGUGAUCUCGUGCGAAUUCUCUGCGGAGGAAAGGGAUUUCUACGACGCCCUGCACAAUAAGUCCAAGGUCAAGUUCGACAGCUACGUGGCGCAGGGCAAGGUGCUGCAGAACUACGCGUCCAUCCUCGAGAUGCUGCUGCGCAUGCGCCAGGUCUGCGACCACCCUUUCCUCGUUUUAAGCCGCUCCGACACAAUGGACGACAACGACCUCAGCAAGCUGGGCCGCAAGUUCCUCGCAGCUUCCCCUCACGAACCGAAAGGAACGGCAGCCAAUGCUACUGCUGACAAUACCGCUGCUGCUUCUCCGGCCAGUGGUUGGGGGGAUGCAGAUAGCUCCCCCUGGGGUGAAGCAACCGGUGCUGGCAGCUGGGAGGGAGCCGAGGGCGGUCCGUCGCGUGAGUUUGUGCAAUCCGUGCUGGCUCGACUGAAGCGGAGGAGGGAGGAGGAGAGGAGAGGAGGGGGGUCGCAGGGCGGGGAGGAGUGUCCGGUGUGUCUAGAGGCGGUGGAAGACGCGGUGUUGACGCCGUGUGCGCACAUGGCGUGCCGCGAGUGUCUGCUCACCGCCUGGCGGCACUUGCCUAGUGGUGGCCCUUGCCCCGUGUGCCGCCGGCCAGUGCAGCGCUGCCAGCUCAUCACAGUGCCGCGCGCCAGCCGCUUCUCAUUGGACGUGGAGGCCAGCUGGCAGGACUCGGUGAAGGUCCGGCAGCUGCUGCAGUGCCUGGGGGACAUCCGGAGGGCGUCCACCUGGGGAGAAGGGGGAGAGGGGGGGCCGGGGAGAGGGGGAGGAGGGGGAGAGAAGAGUGUGGUGUUCAGCCAGUGGACGGCGUUCCUUGACCUGCUGGAGAUCGCUUUCAAGAGAGCCAAGGUAUCGUACGUGCGGCUGGAUGGUAGCAUGGCGCAGCAGCAGCGGGAGAGGGCGAUAGAGGCAUUCAAAGCGAAUCCCGAGGUGGAGGUGCUGAUGAUUUCGCUCAAGGCUGGAGGGGUGGGGCUCAACCUGACCGCUGCAUCACACGCUUUCCUCAUGGACCCUUGGUGGAACCCAGCAGUGGAGGAGCAGGCAGUGAUGCGCGUGCACCGCAUAGGGCAGACUCGCCCGGUGACAGUCACGCGCUUUAUAGUGAGGGACUCAGUAGAGGAGCGUAUGCAGAAGGUGCAGCAGCGCAAGCAGCAGAUGGUGAACGGGGCGCUCACGGACGAUGGGGCGCGCACGGCACGGAUUCAGGAGCUCAAGAUGCUCUUCAGGUAGUGCCAUGGCAGGUCAGGGGAGCACAAGCAAGCGGAAGGGGCAUUCCACGGACAAUGGCCAUGACAAAAGCAAUAGCACAAGUUAGGAUGCAAGAGCUCAAAAUGCUCUUUAGGUAGUGCCAUGGUGCGCUAGGGGAGCACAAGCACGCAGAAGGUGCAGCAGCGCAAGCAGCAGCUGGUGAACAGGCCGCUGGCGGUCGAUGGCAUGCGCGCCGCUACAACUCGAGCUCAAGAUGCUCUUGAGGUAGUUUUUUUUUGCUGUUGUGGCAGUGCAGAUGGUGGGGGGGAUCAAUAAGGCAGCAGCGCAAGCAGCAGCUGGUGAAAGCGCCCACAGACGAUGGCAUGCGCACAGACGAUGGCAUGCGCACAGACGAUGGCAUGCGCACAGACGAUGGCAUGCGCACAGACGAUGGCAUGCGCACAGACGAUGGCAUGCGCACAGACGAUGGCAUGCGCACAGACGAUGGCAUGCGCACAGACGAUGGCAUGCGCACAGCAUGGAUUCAAGAGGUCAAGUCAAGAUGCUCGUUAGGUAGCGCGGUGGCACUCCAGGGGAGCACAAGCAUGCUGAAGGUGCAGCAGCGCAAGCAGCAGCAGCUGGUACUCUUAAAGCAGAGGGGUGGCACUCCAGAUGGUGGGGGAGUCAGCAGGGCAUCUCCAGAGGGAGCAAAGCUCUCCAUGGAGUCUGGUGCGGUUGGGUUGGGAGCAUCAGCAGAAAAUCAUGAGGGGUGCAUGUGGUGUGUGAGGCUUGGGUGCAAACAUGUAUGGGAUGAGGUGUAUGUACGGCAUACACUGCAGAUUGUAGGCUCCAGCGAUUUGAGAGUUUGUACGGUACUCAUGUUUUGAAGAGUGAGU